GGAAAUUAGCAUACUUCCUGUUGGGUCAUCUACUGCUUGGCAACACGCAAGGCUCCUGUCUAGAUUCAACAAUUUUUGUCUCAUAAUGAAAAAACACAGAGACCAAAUAAAGGAGGAAGAGCUCAAAACAAGAAAGUGGUAAAGAAUCAUGAUCAUCUUAAGGAGGCAAAAGACUGAGAGAGCAAGCACCAGUCCUGCACAAUGAGUGUUUAUAGCAAAUUCCUCCAAUAACAAUUUGGAAAAGUCAGAAACUUUACAAUGAACCAAUGUGCCACUGACUCCAAUAGUUCUACAAGAUGUUCCACGCAAGGCAUAGACAUCCAGUGCUACUUGAUCCUGGACAGCAGCACACAGAAAAUCCUUAUUUCAUGUAUCUGCAUUGUAAUGGGAGUACUAUGUAUCCUGGAGAACACAUUGGUCCUUUCCAUGAUUCUUACCUCUUCCCAUCUGAGAAAAAAAACAUCCUACCUAUUUAUCAGCAGCCUGGCUACAGCAGACCUACUAGCAAGUCUUAUUUUCUCAUACAGCUUCAUUGACUUCCACGUUUUUCAUAGUGCUGGUACUCCCGCAGUUUUUUUAUUCAAACUUGGUGGCGUCACCUUGUCCUUCACAGCCUCACUUGGAAGUUUACUUCUGACAGCUUUUGACCGUUACAUUUGUAUCCAUAAGCCAUGGGCAUAUAAAGCAAUGGUGACCAGAAAAAGAGCUCUUCUGGCAUUGACAGUAAUGUGGAUCAGUACAACCAUUAUCUCAUAUCUACCUCUCAUGGGUGUUAAUUGCUGUAGUCUUGAAGUUGUCUGCUCAGAACUAUUCCCACUGAUUGGCAACAAAUAUUUGUUCUUUUGGAUUGUGUUAGUUGUAAUACUUCUCAGCUCUAUAAUAUUCUCCUACAGCCAUAUUCUAUGGAAGGCACACAAGCAUACAAGCUAUAUGAAGAAGCAUAAUAUACAAGCAGAAAAAGGACAAGCCCGAGUGAGAUUGGACAUCAUGUUGGCCAAAACUCUAGCACUUGUAUUAAUUGUGUUGAUAGUUUGCUGGAGCCCAGUUCUCAUUCUUAUGAUUUUCAGCCUCAUAAACUCAUUAAAUGCAAGAAUCAAGGCUGUGUUUGCAUUUUGUAGCACUCUUUGUUUAGUCAACUCCAUGAUCAACCCAAUAGUCUACGCUCUCCGGAGCAGAGAGUUACGACGCAGGCUAAUCAGAGUCUUACAAAAGCUGAAAUGUCUGAAGAAUCUGUCUGGUCAGCGAAAAGUGGAUGGAACUGAAAAGAACAUGGCUUUUGAGGCCACCUGUGAUGACACAGUUUGUGAUACUGAAGUCAGCAUGUAAGGACCAUUUGCUAGAUCACUGCUGUAAACGACUGUCUCUUCACUGCUCCUCGUGCUGAAUUUCCAUGUUUUUAUUGCACAGUGAACAUAUCAGAACUUUACUGUGUACUAAACGAAUCCUAUUGCACUGCUUUCCUCACAUUAAUGGGUACAGGAGACAUUUGUAUCAUACAGAAGCUCUAAAGAAUCUUAAUAUAUUUUACAUUUUGUUUGCAAAGCUAUGCUGCCCAUGUCAAAUGACUAGAGGCGGAAACAGCUAAUUGCCUUUUCACAUGGUCCAAGGAUCGGGACAAUUAUCAAGGAUGAGCUUUUGUAGACCCAUGUAGAAAGCCCUUUGUGACACAAACUUACUAUAUAUAGUUCAUGCUGGAUGAUAUAUCCGCAAGCCUUUAGACUCUUAAGAGCCCUUUAAACUGCCUGAUGUUCAGGGAGAUUAUCGCCAACAAGUGUUCAUAAUCGUUAGCAAUUAUCUGCCUGUGUAAAGAUAACGCCUGGUUGUUAUGUACCCAGCUGUUGGAAGUGAGGAGGCCUCAGGUAGCCCCCCUGGAUAUCGGCCCCCCCAGGAAUUUUCCUGUAUGGUAUAUGACCAGUCCAUCCCUGAUUCACAUAUAUAAACCACAUUAUUUCACACUGAAAAAUCUGAUAUAUACAGUUCUGUUGCUGGAUCUUACAGUUCUCAAGUAAGCAAUGCACUUGCACAUUUGCCAAACCUUGUUUUCAUAGGAGACAUCCUAUCAGUGUAUAUGAACCAGUAGGCACUGGCUAUGAUGCUGUGGUAACAACCAAGGUAUUUGGUUAGUGUGCGGUCAGUUAGCUCUGUUUUCUAGUAUGAGUUGUAUAUGAUGACAUAAA